CUUUCAGUGGAAGCAGCAAAUUCAAGUAGUACAGAAAGUCACAUCAACCAAGGUUUUUAUUACCUGCUUCUUUAAAGGAUAUCCCGACUGAAAAGAUACUUAAGGAGUUAUCCUGUUUCAACAUCAGUAACUUUUAAGGAAUAAGGAUCAAAAUUCUUGAAGAGGGAGAUAUCUUAUUUAAAUCAAUCUACACAACUUCCAGUAAAGACAGAAGGCAGGUCAAUGAACUAGAAGCAACAAACUACUUGAGAUUUAAUUUUCAUUAUGUUUUUCAUGAACACCCAGAACACUGCACUAUAAUGCACAAAUGGAUACUGACAUGGAUCCUGCCAAUUUUGCUCUACAGAUUAUACUUUUACAUUAUCUUUCUAAUGGGCACUAUAUCUUUAGCUUGCAAUGACAUGACUCCAGAGCAAAUGGCUACAAAUGUGAACUGUUCCAGCCCUGAGAGACAUACCAGAAGCUAUGAUUAUAUGGAAGGGGGAGAUGUGAGAGUGAGAAGACUUUUUUGUCGAACACAAUGGUAUAUGAGGAUUGAUGAAAGAGGCAAAAUUAAGGGGACACGAGAAGCAAACAACAACUACAGUAUUCUGGAAAUAAGAACAGUGGCUGUUGGAAUAGUGGCAAUCAAAGGGGUGGAAAGUGAAUACUUUCUAGCAAUGAACAAAUCUGGAAAACUCUAUGGAAAGAAAGUAUGCAAUGAAGACUGCAACUUCAUAGAACUGAUUGAAGAAAACCAUUACAAUACUUAUGCUUCGGCAAAAUGGACACACAAAGGGAAUGAGAUGUUUAUUACAUUAAACCACAAAGGUAUCCCUAUAAAAGGUACAGGAUAUCAUUUGUUUGAACCAAAGAUGUCAUUAAAUUCGCCAACACUAUUAAAUCAAGAAAGCCAUCGGGGAUUUAAAAAAAAAAUUGAAUGUCUGAAAAACCCAGAAUCACAGACUACUUCAUCCUUGCAAGAUAACCCACUUCAAAACUUACAAAUAGCAUCCCAUGAAGUUCUUGAAAAGGCCCAAAAGAGUGGGAGAUCAAAGUGUCCAAAGUGUGGGAGUUCCCGGAUGUUCUAUUGUUAUUCAUGUUAUGUUCCAGUUGAAACUGUCCCCACCAAACAAAUUCCAGUUGUGAAGCUGCCUUUGAAGAUUGACAUCAUUAAACACCCAAAUGAAAAUGAUGGCAAAAGCACUGCUGUACAUGCUAAGCUCCUGGCCGCUGAAGAUGUUAUGAUUUACACAUACCCUUGCAUUCCUGAAUAUGAAGAAAAAAGACAUGAAAUGGUACUCAUCUUUCCUGGUCCCAACUCAAUUUCACUUAAAGAUCUUGGUCUCCAUCUGCAAAGAAAUACGAAGAAAAAUGUUCGUGGCGAAGAUGAUGAUUCUACAGCAGAACCACUUCUCAAGCAAGCACGGAUAGAAUCAGAACAACAAAACAUAAAUGAAUGCAAGGCAAACAAAAGUGAAGGCACUGGACUGAAGAAAAUAAUCUUUAUCGACAGUACUUGGAAUCAAACUAACAAAAUUAUUACUGAUGAGCGACUUCAAGGGCUGCUGCAAAUUGAGCUAAAAACAAGGAAAACUUGCUUUUGGCGUCACCAGAAAGGAAAGCCAGAUACGUACCUUUCCACAAUUGAAGCAAUUUAUUAUUUUCUUGUGGACUAUCAUCAGGAGGUUUUGAAAGAGAAAUACAAAGGACAGUAUGACAAUCUGCUUUUUUUCUAUUCAUUUAUGUAUACGCUGAUAAAAAACGCCAGGUCAUCUACAAGAAAAGAGUAAGCCAUGACAUUGGGCCAGCUGUAAAUAAUACCAUGUUUGAUUUUUCUUCACUAAUAAAAUGGUGUGUGAUUUUUCUUUUUCCCACCUCCCAAUUGAGGUUUGGAACUGAAUAACAAACCAUGGUGCAUGGUACUUGGGAGCUGGCUGGAGUGCAGGUUUAGGACCUGAUCCCAUCUAGGCUGAUGGAGUGGUAAUUUCAUUGAUGUGACCAGUCCUAUUAGGAUUAUAUACAUCACUAAAUGUUGCUGGAUUAGAGACCCUUUUCAGUCUUUGCCUUGGGCAAUGUGCAGUAGAAGUGAGGCAAAGACCAGAGGACUGAGCCUUCCCUCUGUUAAUAGUAUCCUCUUGGAACUGUAAAGAGGAGUUCGCAUGCCAGCAGGGAAUCUCUUUGAAUCUCAGAGUUCAUCUGUUUUCAUUGUGCAGUAAUGUACUCUAACCAGCAAGGCUGACUUCAUACUGGUGAUGUCACUACUUAUUGAAAUGAUUGGGACAACAUUUAAUCAAAAACAAGUAGAGCCAAGUUAAUUGACUGAAUGGAAAAGCAAUUGAAAUGGUAAUCUUUUUAAGUUUAGAGUUGUGGUAUGGUUGAAGAAAUAGAUGAAAAUCAUGUCUUGCCCGAACAUUGUUAUUAUAUAGUAUGUCUCUUUCUAGGACUGUUAAGAUCUUACACUGUAAAGGUUAUUGCCACCUAUUUCAAAUAGAAAUUAAAUUACCUACAUUUUUUUUUUUAAAAUAAAACUAACUUCAUUCUUUAUGACAGACCCUCAGCUAUUAAUAUGACAGGUUUUAUAUGCAGUAUCCAGUGGGGUCUGGCUGCAAAAGUACAAUAAUGAAGGUCUUAAUUCACUGCCAGGUGCUAGCAAUUUUACUAAAACAUUUCAUGCUUACUGUAAGAAGAGAUAAGUCAGUUCAGCUUCAAGAAUGCCUGUUGGAAAGCUAUCAUUGCCUUGCUAAUAGUAACUUUACUCAAUCAAUUUGCUAUGGUAGCUCCUAUACAUGGUGAUUUGUCCAAUUUUAAAUAAGGCCUUGUCUGCACUAAUUAGGUCAGUCGAGUUAGGUGAGCAAAACACACUAAAUAAUUGGGCUUUUAUUAGUAUAAGUUAUUCCUUUUUCUGAAUCACUAUAAGCUAUCAUGGCAUAAAGUCGAUUUUGCUUACAUAACUAUAUCUGCACUAAUGGGUAAAUAAAUCAUAACCUUGGCAGACACAGCCAUGCUGGAAGCCAUAGCAUAGACCAGACCUUGGUAAGAUGACUUAACAAUUUUGAAAGCACUUUCAGUAUAUCUUUCUUUUUUUAUGUGGAUAAAUUGGAAGGAAGUUGACAGAAUUUUGUCAGAGACACUAGUUGAAAAAUUGUAAUAGCUGAUCUCUUCCAGAAACCUGCAAGGUUAUUUUAAUUGCAUCUUUUUUUCCGCAGCCAGUCUGGCUAAAUCAGUGGUGCUUGUGGUUUUGGCCCUGUGCUGUUCUCACCCAACCUCCAUGUGCUGGGACUGGGCUCUGCACCUCCCUGUCUAUCUGAUCUAGCACACGGGGCCGUAGCUCACAGGCUCCCUACAGAUUUGUGAGGGCCACGCGGGCUGAAUGAUAUGGCACCAGGAGCCAGACCUGGAGGUUGAGCCCCCCUGAGUUAAACUACUAUCUGUAUCAGUCAGUGCUGCCUUCUCUCAAAAGGAAGUCUCAGUUAGUUGUCCAGAUAUGCAACGCUGUAGAAAGAUCACUUAAAAUUUUAUUUUCAAUUUGUACAGAAUGUCUUUCAGGUUUGAACAAUUGGUUUGUGGGUUUUUUUUUUUUGCUGUUUCACAGUACUGAAUUUGAAAUAUGAACUAAAGAUCCACUUUCCCCGCAAGUGUCUUGCCAGCCUCUAGCUUUAGAGGACCCGCUUUCCUUAUCUGUCCAAGAAAGAAGCAUCUUAUUGUGCAUACAGACUGAUCUAUUUCAGCACACACUAGGUGGUUAUGGCUGCCCGUUUGCUGCACGCAAAUGACUGUGCACGCCUAUAAAUACAAACUGAAGGUCAGGUUGAUCAUUUGGGCCUAUAAAUAGACUAGUCAAAUUAGUGUGCAUGAAUCGCAGCAGCACUACCAAUAACAGGUAUAUGUUUAAGGUCCAAAUAACAGCACUUCACAUAUACAAAUAGGACAGUACAGCUGUUUAAAGUGUAAUGCAUGUUCAUGUGUUUUGCACGAAGAAAAAUCAGCAAACUUCAUUGGAAUCUUAAUCACUUAUUUUUAUGGCUAUUAAGAGAAGUUCUUUUGAGUGUUUAUGAUGAUUAAUGCUGUUUCCUCUAGUAUGAAUUUUGAUGGUCUUUCUUGACAUUUUCAGCUGUAUGCGUAUUUCUUAAAAAUUACUUUGGCUUUUCCCUCUUUCUAGAAGAUAACCAAAAUAGAAUACUAGCAGAAGGAAAAAGCUUUCACCCAUUUUAAACAGAAAAAAAAUGAGUGAACUCAGCUACCUAAUGUUUUACAAGAAUCAGAGGGAAAAAUCCUUUUUUUUUUUCUCCCCUUCUAAGACGCAUUUCCCUGAAAACAUGUUUUUUUAUUUAAAAAGUAGAGGUCAGAUAAAGGUUUAUGUAAGCUAAUCUUUGUUACUUUUGGAAAAUGCUUGCAUAAGUGUAAAUGUUUUCAAAAUUUAAGUUUUGUCUACCUCACUUUAUUUUAAUAGAAGUUAAGAACCUAUUCCAAAACUAAAUUAAUUUUAGUUUGCAGCUGAAAUCAGUGUACAGAAAAUAUUUAAAACUUGGGACAUUGUAUCUCUAAAAAAUUGGGCUCAGAUUCUUAACCCAAUGGAAAUCACUCCUAUCUGAGGCUCACCUGCAGUCCACAGUACUUAAGGGUAUGCUGACAUUCCUGCAAUAACAUAAAGUGGGGGCAGGAAGGAGAUUAAUGUCACCACUACUGCAAGUCCAUUGUGGCUAAAACUUGGACAGAUGUUUUGGGGAGUGAGGGGAAGAAAUCAGCCCCAUUGUUCAAUUUUGAUGCCGCUAAAGUACCAAAACCAGCUGGGAUUUGUUUUUCAGCUUUUAAACCAAACAACACUUUCCCAAAUUAAAACUCUACUGCCAAAUGAAAGCAAGCAAGCAGUUAAUCCUUUUCAAGUACAACAUCAAUUUCCCUACUUAUCAAAGUGAAGGUCAGGGCAGAGAAAAAGUCAAUGCUGGCUCUUUUUAAUAAAAUUGGAAUGAGGUUUUCACUGUCUAUGGUUUUCCAAAAAGAGCAUCCUGUCCCAUUGUAUGAGUGGAUGGACAAGGGAAAGACGCAAGCUUCUUUGUUGAUUAGAUGUAACCUAAAAGGCCAUAGAGGGGUGAAGGAGGAGCAGAAAGAAGUGCUCCCCCCCCCACUAUUUUUUCCCCAAAACUGCCAUUUGAGCUCCUGCAGCAGCGCUGAGUCUAAGAAACUUUACUACCCCAAGACAAAAAAUAACCUCAUGUGAGAGAUCAGUACUACUUACAAGUCAUCUGACCUGUACUGUUCUGGUCUAUUCAUAGAUUGCCACUAUGGCAAGAGAUUUUUUUCCUUUUCUGAUAGUUUAUUGGGUAUUUACACUCCUGGUCAAACAAGAAAAAAAAGUAUAAACUUCUUGCAGUUGCACAAAUUUGUUCAGUGGAGAAAUGAAGUCCCCUGCUGAAAGUGGGUACAAGAUUAUAACAGGUUACCCAUUUUCCUGGAGGAUAGCACAAGACUUGCCAAGCUAAGGAUGCAGGAAAAAAUGCAGACUGAAGAUGACCUACUACGUUGGAGCAAGAGAGAGAGGAAAAAUUGAAAUCUCUAGGAAAACCCUGAAACACAUUUCUAUGCCUAGUCGAUCCAAGCUUUUUUUGAUACCCCCUGUUCCAUUUAGAUGCAUACAUACUAAGCUUUCGGAAUCCUUAAUAAUGUUAUAUAGCUAAUGCAAUGUUACUAGAGUAUCAAGUUCAGUAGAACGUACUGCUCUAUCAACACUUCUUUUCCCACUUCAAAUGUAAGCUUCUGUCUUUAGACUAGUUUUGUGUGAACACAUUAAAAAGCAUGUAGCCAUCAUGAAUGUGCUAAAAAUCAUCGCUUAGUUUAAGGUAAGAUUAUAUCAAGACGGCUCAAAACUUAGAAAGCGUAGAAGUUGUUAAGGGAAAAACAUUUCUUGCCAACUUUACAUCACUUAUAAUAAUGUUACCCCCCAAGAGGCAUAGACUUCCAUGUCUCAACACAUUCCAAAAUGCAUCCAACUUGUUUUGUCACGCAAAACCUUACUGGUGACCUCAGCAAUGUUACAACAGAAUAACUUUCCAACUGAAUAAAGUAUGUGAUGGUAAUAUGUGCUGAUCUACUGAAAUGAGAGUAGGAGUAAGUCUUAGCGUGAGCAGAGCUAAAUCAAUAUGUCAGCAUACCUCCUAAACUAUUAUAAUUUGUCUUCAGAAACAGUGUGGCAAUAGCAACUCCUACACGGGGGUCAUAUUUUGACAUCAGUAACAACUUUGACCUUGCUUGGUAACACUUAAUCUUUUGAAUGUCAACAUUUCUAACUUUUUAAAACUUAAGUAACUGUUUAUAGGAAACAUGUUGCAACUUUUAACAAGUAUUUUACUUGUUGCAAAGCCUGACACAUUUAAUUUCAGACUUCAGACUUAGUGUAUUUGAAAGAGGGACCUGAGGAAGAAGUCAAAUCUUGCAAAAAUUAAAAUGACUUAAAACUUUAAAAAAACCAUAGUCAUAACUCUCCCGCUGCUUGCCCAGCCUUCUCGCACCUCCCGGACAAGCUGCAGCAGGGCAUGGGAGCGGACAUGUACACAUGGAUCGGUGGAGCCAGCAGUAGGAACUAUGGGGAAUUUUAGGGUGGCUGCAGCCCCCUCAUAGCUCCCACUCCAUUGCGCUCUGCGGAACAGGCGGAGCCAGGGCUGCGCUCCGGGCUGCAGCUGGGACUAGCUGCCCAGAGCACAGCCCUGGCUCCACCCACCCCAUAGAGUGUGGCCCAGGAGCUGGGGCUAGCCUCCCAGAGUGCAACCCAGUCCAGCCCACCCCGUGCAGAUCUGGUGGCACACCUGCUCCUGUGUGAGAACUGCCAGAGGAGCCACCAGAAGAGCAGCUGCCAGACCAGUGGUGUGUGGCAGCGCACAGUGGCCAGAGCUCCCCUCCCUGAAUCCUGUACUCCCCUGCCCUGACUGGGCAGCUUGUCCCAGCCCCAAUCCCUCCCUUGGUAUAGGGGCAUUGAUCUGCUCCUCCUGCACCCCUUCCCUCCUCCCUCCACAACAGUUACCAGCUGGAGGCAGUUGUGUCCAGCAUCGUGGAGGACUUCUGCCUGUAUAGUGUAUGCCCAAAUCUCCAAAUCAAUUCAGAGGCUUCUGAAUCACUUCAGACCUUUUAAUGGGUCUCCUGAUUCAAUUCAGAUUCAGAGAUUCGACUGCUGAAUAGGGCUGAAUCUCCU